GGGUAUGACCGGUUUAGUGUCCUUGUGUGAAUAAUGACAGCAGCGCAUGCUUUCGAACCGGUCGGCAAUGUUUGUUUAUUUACAAGCUUUGGUGGUAAUUUAAUAUUAUUUGCACAUCACGCCACAUUUUACAAUGGCGAAUGUUCUGUUGAGUGAGGCAGAAAAAACAUACAUCCUCCAUGGAAUUCAGAAAAAUCUCCGAAAUGAUGGACGAACUAAUCGCGAAUACAGGCCAAUGGAACUUGAAUCGGAAAUAGUUGUGCAUGCUGCUGGUUCGGCUCGUCUCCGAAUGGCCAACACAGAUAUACUGGUAGGCGUUAAAGCUGAAAUCGACACGCCUCACCCUGACCAUCCCAAUGAGGGGAAGCUUGAUUUUUUCAUCGAUUGCUCCGCUAACGCUGCACCGGAAUUUGAGGGGCGAGGUGGUGAACAACUGGCUACAGAAAUCUCAAACACUUUGGCAAAGGCGUACGAAUCACGGAAAGGUUUCGAUUUGUCCAUUUUAUGCAUUAUGGCCAAACAUCAAUGCUGGAAGUUGUAUGUUGACGUACUAAUAUUGGAAUGCGGAGGAAAUUUGUUUGAUGCAGUGUCGUUAGCAGUGAAAGCAGCUUUGUUUAACACGAGAAUUCCACGCGUGUCAACUGCGAUGCAUGACGGUGGUGCAAUGGAUCUGAUACUUUCCGACGAUCCGUACGAUUGUGAACGUUUAGAUGUCGCAACCGCGCCCAUUCUGGUGACAGUUUGCAAGAUCGGUGAUCAGUGCGUCGUGGAUCCAUCGGCCGAAGAAGAAGAAUGCAGCGUUGCAAGUGUGGCGAUCGGCGUAUCUAGUAGUCCGAAUGGAAAGCAAUCGAUAACCACGGUGCACACCGCAGGCGAAGGAUCGAUCCGUUUAGAGACGCUUAAAAAAAGCUUCGAUAUGGCAACCAGUGUAGGCGCAGCGCUCAACCACGCACUGAUGUCUGCGCUAAAGCAGGAUGAGCAAAAAAAUUCCAAAGGACUGGGAAAACGUGAAAUUUUUGGAUUUUUAAAGUAAAGCAUAAGGAUUGCAAACAUCUGA